AUGGUGAGCUUGAGGGCGCCUAUGUUACUACAACUACCCGACGAGGUCCUCGAGUACAUCGGCGCAUAUCUAACACAUGAAGAUAAAUUGCAACUUUCGCGUAGCUGCCAAAAACUGCACGGUGCCGUCAGAAGAUGGAAGAAGUGGGCCAUUUAUAUGAUUAUUGAGAGAAGACCUGCUCUGAUCACCGUACGAUACAAUACGGGCGCACAGGGAAAUAUUUGGACGACGAAGAAUUACAAAAUACGGACUCUGGAAGAGUACGAUCGACGUCCGCGAGAUUUCCGGUGUUUGUCUUUUGCCAGGGAUUUACGGGAAUUCCUCACAAAUGCUGAAUUGUCAUCGGCAAAAGGUCUGGCUUUUAAUGACAUCGCCGAUUGGAGGGGAAUCAAUUGUAAGAUUGACGAGCUGGUGGAUCCGGUGGCUGAAUGGCCGCAAUUGUUCAUCAUGGCUAAAGCGUUGCGGACGAAGAAUAUUUUCUUUAAUGAAACGCGCCUGAUCCCCCUACAAUUCCUUCGAGAUGUUCAGGAAUGUCAACUCGAACAAGUGACAACAACAAUAAAGCAAAACGAACUGGGCAGUGCUCUCCAAUUUCCUUUCAAACGGCUUUACCUUAACUUGGAAGGACCAUUUUCUGAUAACUAUGGAUCGAACGAACUAUGGGACAUUAUUUGGUCGUGGUACAACGGCGCUCGCGAUUUCGAGGUCAUCAUGAUUUUGUUUAUCGAUGCAACGAGGAAUUUUCUGGAAGAAAUAAUGAACACAAUCUGGGUUCAAUCUGAAGAUCGUCAGCUAACUUUUCAAUCUGGAUUUUCAGAGCAGACUAGAUUUGUGGAAAGACUAGUUCUGAAAAGGAGGGAUACGGGUGAAGGGCUCGCUUUGAUUCGAAAUAUCAACGAGAUUACUCUAAUCAACUGUGAUUAUGAUUUUAGAAGAAAUCGCGAGCCUGACACCUACGAGAAGCUACAAAAUUACGUGCGGGAAAUGGAAUUUACUCGUAUUUCAGAGAUGAGAGAAUCCGGAUGGGUCACUUUAGCCCCGGAUUUGGUGGGAAGUGGGUAUGAUGCGGUGACGAGGUGUCCAAUUUAUGGCCCAAAACCGAAUCCGGUGCCCCGACUUGAGAAAUUGGUCUACGAUUAUGCACAAUUGACGCGGGAUGUGCCGAUGAACGAGCGGCGAAUUGACAUGUAUUGGGGCGACGGUGAAUUCUCAGAUCCUUGGGCUUCGAUGGGAUAUUAUGGAAGUUGGGAUGAUAAGGCCAUCAAAGAUCUGGAUAUGCGAUUUGAGGCGGCGGUGCUCGCGCUUAAAAAACGUGGAAUUAAUAUU